AAAUCGAGUCUUUUAAAGACGGUGUUGAUUGUGAAAGGUUGUUAUUUCGCAUAAAAAAUAACUAAGCACCGAUUUAUUUAUAAUUUGAAAUAAAUGUAUCGAUUAAAGACUUGACUCGCAAAGUAUGAUAGGUAAUUUUUGCAGUGAAAAAUUCUGGGAUUUAAACCAAACAUGGAAUUCACAAGUUCCAGAUUUUUCAAAUUGUUUUCAAGAUAUCGUAUUUGUAACUACUCCAUCAGCGAUUUUCAGUAUUAUAUUCCUCAUCUGCGUUUGGCGAUUAAGAAAAAGACACAGCUUGAAUCCAUUACCAUGGACGUGGCUCAAUAUUUCAAAACUGGUGCUGUCACUUAGUCUUCUGAUCAUAAGUAUAGUUCAAUGUAGUACAUAUAUUCAUUUGAAAAUCUCAGAAGUCAGUGUUCCUUACUCCUCGUUUGUAGCUUCAUCUUCUAACAUUUUUGUUUUUAUCUUAACCAUAAAGCUUAUGCUUCGAAAUAGGACAUGUGGAGUAGCUACUUCAUAUGCUCUUUCAGUUUUCUGGCUUGUGCUAACGAUAUGUGGCAUAGUGUUACAGAGAUCAGCAAUAUUAGAUUAUUUUUAUUUCGGGAAAAAACCGUCAUCAGAAAUCAUUUUCACAGUCAACAUGAUUUAUUCUCCAUUCGUAUAUAUUCAACUGUUUUUAAGUAUGUUUGCGGAUCAGAGGAGCUUUGGUUAUCUCCAGGAUACUAAAGUUAUAGAAGAUGUGUCAUUUAUUUCUUAUGUUUCCAUAUCCUGGUUUACCAAGUACGUCUUUGAAAGUAGACGGAAGCUUCUGACUGUACUUGAUCUAAAGUUUAUAAGCGUCCGGCUAGUGGCCAAAUUUGCAUACUCAGAAUUCCUGAAAAGAUGGAACAUAAACAAGGAGCCCAAAUCUCUUGAAUCUCGAAGCUUAGGGCUAAGUUUAAUCAUUACUUUCUGGCCUUGGAUAGUAGCAGCAACGAUUUUUAAUUUUAUUUUCACGUUAGCCUUGCUGGUGCCACCUUUAAUUUUAGAUCGUCUCAUAGACUUUGUUGAGCAUGAUCAUUUUGCGUGGAGAGGUAUGCUGUAUGUGAGUUUGUUUUACAUAGUAGAUGCCUCUGGAAAAAUAUUCGAUAAUUUCGGAGUGUAUUUCUUCUUUAACUCUGGUGCACAGAUGAAGUCGGCCCUCAUGAAUGCAGUUUAUAGAAAGAACUUUUUGCUGUCACCAGCUGCUCGUAAGGAAUUUACCAGUGGUUCCAUAUCCAAUCUUCUUUCCGUGGACAUUCAGAGACUUUCCUAUUUCACCUAUUACUGCGCAGAGCUAUUCACUUGCCCAAUCAGAAUCAUUGUCAUCCUUGUAAUUAUGUGGCAGUACAUUGGAAUGGCAACACUUGCUGGUCUUGGUGUCAUAAUUUUCUUACUCCCUAUCGGCUACUACAUCUCCAGGUACAGCGAAAAAUUUACCGAUGAACAAAUGAAAGUCAAAGACACUCGACUGAAGUUUAUGAAUGAAAUCCUCAGCGGCAUAAAGAUACUGAAAUUAUAUGCCUGGGAAAUAGCAUUUUUAGCAAAAGUGUCGGAGGAAAGAAGAAAAGAGUUGAAGCUGAUUUUAUACUCCCAAAUGUGUACAGUUGUCAAUGUUUUCGUUUUCUACUGUGCACCUAUCAUGAUAUCUGUGGCAAGUUUUGCUACUUAUUUAUUUAUGGAUCGCAAUAAUGUCUUGGAUCCAACAAAAGCCUUUGUUACAAUCACACUUAUGGAGCAGCUGAAGUAUGGCUUGUUUAUUUUGCCCGAAUCCAUUUCCGAAUUGAUACAGACUAGCAUAGCUUUGGAGCGUUUGCGAACUUUUUUUGCAGCAGAAAACACGGAUCCAGGGGUUAUUGGAACUGAACCCGACGAAGGUGAUAUUUUGACGAUAAGGAAAGCGUCAUUCAAAUGGCCGGGAGAAGAAGAGUGCACCUUACAUGACAUCGAGCUGCAUAUACCAAAGGGUAAAUUGGUUGCCGUUAUUGGACCUGUGGGAUCGGGGAAAUCAUCAUUAUUGUCAGCAAUGCUUGGAGACAUCAACAGAACGAAUGGAUCCGUAGAUAUAAAAUGUAGCUUGGCCUACGUUCCACAAGAAGCUUGGAUUUUGAAUCGCACAGUUAAAGAAAAUAUUUUGAUGAUGAAGCAUUUAAUUGAAGAAAAAUACAACAAAGUGUUAGAUCUUUGUUGUUUAAGACCUGAUAUGGAAAUUUUGCCAGCCGGUGACAACACCGAAAUUGGUGAGAAGGGAGUUAAUUUGAGUGGCGGUCAAAAACAGCGUGUCAGUUUGGCGCGUGCUGUAUAUCAAGACAAAGAAAUUUUCCUUCUAGAUGACACACUCAGUGCAGUGGAUGUUCACGUUCGUAAAGCACUCUUCGAUGAUAUCAUUGGAAACGAUGGAUUACUGAGAAAAAAGACUAGAAUUCUUGUUACCCAUGAUGUGUCAGUACUGCAUAAAGUGGAUAUGAUUGUCAGCAUGAAGGAUGGCAGAAUUGAUGAAAUCGGCUCUUAUCAAGACUUGUUGAGUCAAAAUGGAUCUUUUAUGGAAUUUAUUCAGGAACACACGAGCCAAAAGAAUUUAGAGGAAAACACAGAUGAAAAUAAAAAAAUGCUCUGCAGAUACAUAUCAACUGAUUCUACUUCUUCAAAAACUUCAGAUGAUUUCUUGAGUAAAGAACAAAAAUUAAAUGCAUCUUUUGACGCAAGAGAUGCAGAAAAAACGUAUCGAUUAAUUGAAGAUGAGAGAAUGGAAGUUGGGAAAGUACAUCGCCAUGUGUAUUGGACUUACAUGAAGAACAUGAGUUGCCCUUUAUGGGUUAUAACUGUAUUUGGAUUUGUAUGCUACGUUAUAAUGGAGACCUAUGCCAAUAUUUGGUUAGGAAAAUGGACCACAGAUCCUAAAGUGAACGGAACACAUAGCAUUUCAUCCACAACGUAUCGAUUGGAAAUUUAUAGUGCGUUAGGCUUAGGACAAGCAAUUUUCGUCAUCAUAGGAAGCUUCUCUUUAGCACAUGGAGUGAUUACAGCUGCAGCUCGAUUGCAUAACAAAAUGUUGAAUAGCCUUAUAAAAUCUCCGAUGUCUUUCUUCGAUAGUACACCAAUGGGUAGAAUUACAAACAGGUUCAGUUCUGAUUUGGAUAUUAUAGAUACUGAGCUCUAUGGUCAAAUUGAUGGUUGGUUAAAUUGCAUCCUUUAUGUUAUUGCAUCCUUCUACAUGAUUGGAAGAAAUGCUCCCAUUUUUCUAGCUUCUCUUCUUCCUCUUGGCGUCCUUUACUAUAUUUUUCUCAAACUGCAUCUGAACACUUAUCGGCAAAUCAGAAGAUUGGAAUCUACAACAAAAUCACCCAUCUACAGUCAGUUGUUGGAAUCUAUCCAAGGAGUGUCUUCAAUUGGGGCAUACAAGGUGCAAGAAGAAUUCAUUGAAAGUUUUGAAAAUAAACUCAACAACCAUAUGGUUUGCUUUUCAUCUACCAUAGGAAGCAAUAGUUUUAAUUUCAUUUUAAUACCCCUGGGAAAUAUGAUAAUGGAAGAGAUUAAAAGUUGGCAGGUUACCGAUGCUAUUAAAUGGUUUGUAAGACUGAGCUGUCUUCUUGAAGAUAAAUCUAUCUCAGUUGAAAGAGUAGACGAAUACUGUAAACUUGAUUCUGAAGCAGCAUGGGAUACGCCUUUGGACUGUCAAAACAAAGAUUGGCCAUUCAUUGGUCAGAUUUCGUUCAACAACUACAGCGCGAGAUACAGAGAGAAUCUGGACUUAGUAUUGAGAAACCUUAAUCUAUCUAUAAACGGAAGUGAAAAAGUCGGCAUAAUAGGACGUACUGGUGCUGGAAAGUCAUCGAUCACCAUGGCUUUGUUUAGGAUUAUAGAACCAGCGACAGGAACAAUAUUUAUAGACGACGUAGAUAUCUCUAAACUAGGCCUGCAUAAACUAAGAUCAAAAUUGACUAUAAUUCCUCAGGAUCCAGUUCUCUUUACGGGUACAUUAAGAUCCAAUUUAGAUCCCAAUGAUGAAUACAGCGAUGAUGAUGUUUGGCAGAGCUUGGAAAGAUCUCACUUAAAGUCAUUUGUGACUUCUCUGGAUGAGGGUUUAGAGCAUAACAUUGAAGAGAAUGGUGGAAAUCUGAGUGCUGGACAGAAACAAUUGGUGUGUUUAGCUCGAGCGCUAUUGAAGAAUACGAAGAUCUUGGUUUUGGAUGAAGCGACAGCCUCUGUUGACAUAGAAACAGACAAUCUCAUUCAAAAUACAAUACGCACUGCAUUUGUAAAGAAUACUGUUAUUACCAUAGCCCAUAGGCUGAACACAGUACUCGAUUAUGACAAAAUUGUUGUUAUGGAAAACGGAACAGUUCUAGAAGUGGGAAAUCCUUCAACUUUACUUCAAGACAACGGAUCAAGAUUUCAUGAAAUGUGCAAAGAUGCAGGACUUAUUUAGAAUUGGAAAACUAACUGCAUAAAUGUGCAUGAUUUUAAUUUAUAUUUAUUGAUUUUAUUUUGUUCAUUAAAAAUUUUAUACAUAAA